AUGUUGACUCCAACCAUCGGGAUUGUCGUCUGCAGCCAACGGGUCCCCCGUUCUGGGCUGCAAAUCACCAAUUUCGUCCUGAAUACCAUCCAGAAAGCAUACCCGACCGCCAACCUGCGCCUUAUCGACCUAGCUACCUGGAACCUCCCAAUGUACAAUGAACCGGGUAUCCCAUCGUUUAUCACCUCGUCGGAUGGAUACACGCACGAGCUGACCAGAAGAUGGUCCGAGGAGAUUGCCUCGCACGCCGGAUUUAUCUUCGUCACACCACAGUACAACUGGGGUUAUCCGGCCAGCAUCAAGAACGCCAUCGACUAUCUUUUCCAUGAAUGGACGGGGAAGCCCGCCAUGAUUGUCAGUUAUGGCGGACACGGCGGUGGCAAGGCUGCUCAGCAGCUGCAUCAGGUGCUGCAGGGCCUUCGUAUGCAGCCUGUCGAGCCUCUUGUGGCUUUGGCGUUCCCCACGAAGGAGUUUACGGGCAGAGCAACCAGGGGAGAGGAUCUGGGGGUGAUGCAAGAUGAAAGCAUUUGGAAGGAUGGCCGGGAGCAAAUGCUUACAGCGUUUCAGGUUCUGGCUCAACUCGUUGCAAAAUCUACAUGA